AUGCCUCCAUACUCCAACGACCACAGCGUGAGCUCGACAGUGAUGUUGCGCCGCAUCACGAUUCUUUCAUUUCCACCGGCCUUUUUCAUGCUCCUAAUUCACGGUGUUAGCUGCCGUUGGGCUUUCCCAGCCCUAGGGAUCUUGCCGCUCGCCGUCUCAGCCGUACUGGGCGCCUUGUUACUCCAUCGCGACCGUGUGGCAGCGCUCGGCUCACCCAUCCAGGCAUUAUCAGCAGAAAACAUAUUUUAUGCCGAUUCGGCCCUUGCCGUCUGGUAUUUCGCUUUCCUCAUUGCGACAUGGGCGCUCCUGGGUAAGCCCUCAGAAGAAGAGAUGAUCAUUCUGGGCACGUACGGCUCUGUGUUCCUCAUGGUGAAUUUCGGUAUUCACUUUUACUUCGCUGCCGCUGAAGCUUUGCACAUCAUCACCACACAACGGAGUCCAUUCCAGUCCCUCGCUGCAGAAUAUACUCCACUCCAAGAGGAGUACAGGGAUGAUCUUGAGGAAGUCGAGGAAGGGAACGCAAGGCUUUCUUAG